AUGGCGCCCAACGCGGCGCCGAUGGAGCUCGGAGAAGGCUCGCCCGCCGCCGUGCUCGGCUGGCUGGGCAGCCUGCGAAAGGGCCUGAGCGCGGGCGGCGGCGCGGGCGGCGCCCCGGCCAGCGAUCCCGCCGGUGGGGCCCUCGGGCUCGCGCGGGCGGCGCUGCUGGUCUCGACGUCCGCCGGCCUGGCGGCGGCGCUCUACGUGCUCCGGCGGCGGCGGCUCGGCGAUGCCGCCGGCUAUGAGUACGGCUCCGUGGACAUCCAGUCGAUGACGGACGCGGCCGCCAAGGCCCUCCACGGCGUGGAACAGGGCGGCAAGCCGGGGGCGCGCAGGGGCCCCAGGGCGCCGGCUCAGGAGUACUCCAGCCUCAUCCCGGACGCGCUGCAGGACCUCGAGGAGAGCGGGGGCACCCUGGCCGCGGACGCCAUGGCGCCCGCCGCGGAGGUCGACAGGAGGGGUCAGGCCCUCGCGGCGGUAGGGGCGCCGCCGUUCCGCCGCUUCCUGCGGGACCGGGGCCUGGGCGACCUCACCCGCCGGACGACCACCUGCCUGCAGCUGAACAUCGGCCUGUACUGCAACCAGGCGUGCACGCACUGCCACGUGGAGUCCUCGCCGCUGAGGGACGAGAUGGCGUCGUUCGAGGUGGUGGACCGCUGCCUUCAUCUCAUCUGGGAGCACCUCUCCGGAAGUGACCACGCUGGACAUCACCGGCGGCGCCCCGGAGAUGAACAGGGGCUUCCGCCGCCUGGUGGAGGGAGCGGCCCGGCUGCGAGAGGGUGGCAGGCAGCUGCGCAUCAUCGACAGGUGCAACCUGACCGUGCUCCUGGAGCCCGGGCAGGAGGACCUGCUGGAGUUCCUGGCGAGCCACCAGGUUUUCGCUCUUCUGUCAUCGCAUCGCUGCCCUCCUACGACGCGACGCAGACGGAUCGCCAGCGUGGGCGCAAGGUCUUCGAUCGCAGCAUGAAGGCGCUGCAGAUGCUGAAUGCCCGCGGCUAUGGUCAAGGGGGUGCCGAGAGCGAGACUGGGCUCUUGCUGGACCUUGUCUUUAAUCCGCCUGGCCCCUUCUUGCCGCCAAAGCAGGAUCUGCUGGAGGCUAAGUACCGCGUAGAGUUGCAGAAGGAGCACGGGAUUCAGUUCAACCGGCUUAUCACAAUUGCCAAUAUUCCAGUUAAGCGGUUUUUCGAUUUCUUACGGAAGAAAGGCACCUUGGAGGGCUACAUGGACCUGUUGGUGCGGAAUUUCAAUCCGGAGACAGUGCCGCACGUGAUGUGCCUUGAAACGGUCAACGUGAGAUGGGACGGCAGGAUAUACGACUGCGACUUCAACCAGCAGCUCGAACUCGAACUCAGGCGGGGUGGCCUGACAGUGUUCGAUGUGGACAGCUUGAGCGAUCCAUCCCGGGGCGACGCCAACCAGCCGUCCCUCUCCCGUGAUCCCUCGUGGGCCCGUCCUCGGCCCAAUCGGGGCUGA